AUGAGAUCUAUUCCAUUAUUUAAGAUUCAAGCUGAAGUUAAUGAUGCCAUGUCAAUGAUUGAAAAUAGUGGUUAUAAAGAGGCAAGGGAUUGGGUUAAAGAAAAAAAAACAGUCUUGGAUUUUGGCUGCAUUUCUCCAGCAUUUACAAAAAUGGAUCCUCAUUUAUGGUCUUCUACACAUAACAACACAAACAUUAACAAAGCACAUCACAAUAUAAAUCUAGAUGUAAAAUCAUUGUUAUAUGCUAUUCAUGUAACAAGCAGAGGAGAUAGGGAGUAUCGUGAGGACAAUAGACAUCAUCGCCGACGUCGUUCAAGAAGCAGGUCUCCUAGCAUGGAAAGAAAUGGAGGUGGUGGAAGACUCGAUGAGUUUAACAUACGCUCUUGGGAAAGACAUCAUCCAUAUGAUUCUCCUCAUGAAGAUAAUAAUAGUAAAAGGAGAAAAACUAGACAUGAAAGAGACAGAGUUCCAGAGGGACGUUGGAGAGAAAGAAAUCUUGGUGAACCUAAUAAUCAUGUCAUUUUACAAGGUUUACCUCUUUCAGCUUCUGAGGAUGAUAUUCAAAAUACACUUGAAAGUUUACAUGCCAGUAUUGAAAAUAUUCGUUUAAUUAGAGAUCGUAGAACAGGAGAUUCUCGUAGAUUUGCGUUUGUUAAAUUUACUAGUGUGGAACAUGCAAGACAAUUUAUUGAAGCUAAUCAUCCCUUUAUCAUGAUGGAUGAUAUUCGAGUUCGUGUAGAGUAUAGUAAUAGUGCUUCAGCCGAGGAUGAAGGUUGGACGUGUAAGAAUCGUGAAAAUUGUCAUCAAUGUCACCAUUCAAAGAAAGGUGUGAUCACAUUGUGGACAAAAUUACCACAACAGCCCUUUUGUUCAUCAAGUCAAUCCAUGGAGUCAGCAGCUCUCCAAUCGACACCAACUAGUUCAUUCUUUAAUGAUGGAGAAAACGAUUUAGGUCAUGUGCCGUAUCAUGUCUUGUUGGUUCGUGGUUUAGAUCCUUUGACCACCGAGGAAACUCUUUACGCUGCCACUAGUCAGUUGGCUGCAUUAAGAAGAGUAAUGCUAAUCAAAGAUCGUGCCUCUAGAAUUUCUUGGGGAUUUGCAUUCUUGGAUUACCAAGAUGUUCAGGCAUCAUCAUAUAUUUUAUCGCUUGUGAAUAAUCCACAAUAUUAUCCUGAUGGUUUUAUUAUCGAUUCACGACCCGUUGAUAUCACAUUUGCAAAUCCCAGCAGCUUUAUACCAGCCUAUGCAACAACUGAAUGGACAAUUUGGGGUGAUGAUGGUAUUGCGAUGUCAUAUUGGGAUCAGAAAGCAUAUGCAGUCGAGUACAGUAGUGGCAACGGCGAUGGCGGCGGUACUGUAGAAGAUGAACUUGAUGCAUUUUAUUCAGAUAUGGGAGCAGCACUUACAUCAUCAGGAAAAUCUGAAUCUAAAUCUAUUUUUUCGGUUUCUGAUAUGGUAGUAACAACAACAUGA